UGUCACAUCUACGUUUCUCGGUUUACCAGGAUGAGGUAUUAUGAACCAAAGUAUCCAGAAGUGGAGGAGCUUGUCAUGGUCCAGGUGCGGCAGAUUGCUGAAAUGGGUGCAUAUGUGAAGCUGCUUGAAUAUGAUAACGUCGAAGGGAUGAUCCUUCUCUCCGAGCUUUCCAGGAGGCGCAUAAGGAGUAUCCAGAAGCUUAUUAGAGUGGGACGUAAUGAAGUUGUUGUUGUAUUGCGUGUUGACAAGGAAAAAGGGUACAUUGACCUUUCAAAACGGCGAGUAUCUCCCGAAGACAUAACUAAGUGCGAAGACCGAUAUAUGAAGUCUAAAACCGUGGCUUCCAUUCUCCGUCACGUCGCAUCCAAACUCCCAUCGGCGUCGUCGAGCAUAUCCGCUCCUCAGUCAGCGCCUGAAAACGAUGUAGAAGACCAUGAAGAUGAAGAUCUUAUCGGUGGUAUCUUGGAUGUUGGUCAUGGGAGUGGCGAAGAAAUUAUGGAGAUGUUGUACGAAAAAAUUGCCUGGCCUCUCAGUCGGAAAUACGGUCAUCCACACGAUGCGUUCAAACUUGCCCUUACCGAACCGGACGAAGUGUUUCAGGAAUUGAACUUAUCCCCGGGAAUCACCAAGCUUCUGAUGGCAACUGUCGCCCGGCGUCUCACCCCUCAGCCAAUCAAAUUGCGGGCAGAUAUUGAGCUGACAUGUUUUAGGCCUGCUGGAAUCGAUGCGAUAAAACGAGCAUUAAUUGCGGGUGAAGCCGCAAGCACGCCCGCUGUACCGAUUACAGCCAAAUUAGUUGCACCUCCAUUCUACGUCCUGGAUACAAACGCAACCGACAAGCAUGCCGGUGUCGAAACGCUGGAAGCUGCCAUUCAAGCCAUCAACCAAUCGAUAACAUCUGAAGGGGGAGAACUCAACGUUAAGAUGAAGCCAAAGGCAGUAUCAGAGACUGACGACAUGGAACUUGCUGCCCUCAUGGCCCGUGCCACGAAGGAAAAUACUCAAGUAUCGGGCGACGAGGCGGAAGAUGAGAGCGAGCCUGGGGAGGAUGAGAUAUAGACCCGGUUGGGGGCCUGGCCAAUGAUGCAAUGACUUUACUGUCAACACACGAUUCGUGAUUAAAGAUAUGCAUCAAUCAUGACUUCAUUCCAUGUCAGCUCAGCCUAGACCCCCCUGUCUGGUUCUGCGCAUCCUUUGUGGGCCAGCAUUGCCCGGAGCAGUCCAGGAUGCAUCUCACAGCAG